AUGGUCGUAUUACCCGAUGGCACAAAACAGUGGCUACCUAAAUGCAACAGCGAAAACACCCCAUAUAUUGGGCAAGAAUUUGCAACACUAGAAAACGGAGUAGACUUCUAUGGGGCAUACGCAAUAAUCGCCGGAUUCGAUAUCCGACACGGGACGAAGCGAAGGAACAGGGCAGGGGCAGUUCACUUAAAAUAUAUUUUAUGUUCACGGGAAGGAUACAAGCCCAAGAAAAUGAGUAGUAGCGACAAAGGAACCACCGCCUCACCGAAGAAAAGGCGUCGGCUAUCAACUCGUGUUGGUUGUAACGCCCGAAUAGGGUUCACAAGGCGCAAAAGCGGUAGCUACAAAAUACAUGCACUUGAGCUAUGGCACACACACUGCCUAUGCUCUGACAUUGGUAGGCCAUUUCUUAAAAUAAAUAGGAAGCUAGAUAUUGGACACAAGAUAUUCGUAGCAAACUGUGCAAGGGCAAACAUUGGUUCCACAAAAUCAUGGAGGUUAUACAAGGAAAUGGUUGGAAGUUUUUCCGAUAUAGGAGCAACAUCCACCGAUUUCUGCAAUUUUAGAAGGGACUUGUUGGCAUAUAUUGCUGGAGCAGAUGCACAGAUGGUAGUAGAGGACAUGUACAAAAACAAAGAGAUGGAACCCGACUUCUACUUUGAUUUUGAUCUCAACGAAGACAGAGAGCUAUGCAGGCUUUUUUGGGCAGACACAAUAUCCCGGAAAAAUUUUGCAUGUUUUGGCGAUGUGAUGUCAUUCGACGCAACCUACAGCACAAACAGAUACAAGCUCGUAUUUGUACCGUUUACAGGAGUCGACAACCAUAAACGGAGCAUUACAUUCGGAGCAGGCCUCAUUGCAAGAGAGGACAUUGACUCCUACGAGUGGCUACUAAAAAACUUCAAAACCGCGAUGGGAUAUACACCAAGCUGUGUUAUUACAGAUCAAGACCCUGCAUUAAAGGUCGCAAUACCUAACAUUAUGCCGGAAACAAGGCACCGAUUCUGUAUGUGGCACAUAAUGGAAAAAGUGGGGGACAAGGUAGGGAAUGCACUAGCAAAAAACAUGGACUUCAGGAAGGCACUGAACAAUACAGUAUGGGAUGAAACUUUAAGUGCAACUGCAUUCGAAUUGAAAUGGGCAGAGGUAAUGCAGGAGUACAACCUUGUCCACCACCGGUGGUUCGAUCAAAUGUACAAAGCCCGUGCAUCAUGGAUACCUGCAUAUUUUCAAGACAUAUUCAUGGGCGGACUACUCAAAACAACAUCACGGUCAGAAUCAGAGAACAGUUAUUUUGGCAAAUUCACCAACCACCACAACAGCUUGGUAGAGUUCAUAAUGCAAUACAACCGUGCCAUCGGAGAACAAAGGUACAAGCAAAAACAGCUAAACGCAGAGGGCGAAAGUUCAUUCCCUGAAACUAAAACCCCAUUGGCCAUAGAACGCCAAGCCGCUGCAACGUACACCAAAAACAUAUUCUACGACUUUCAGGAAGAAAUAUGGGAAGGAAGCUUCACAUGCAAAAUCACCUGCAAGACAAAUGUCGACGGGGGUUCCAAGUACACUGUUCAUGACACUGGGGAACAAAUAUUUGAGGUAACGCACGAAGAAUCUACUAAAAGAACACAAUGCAAUUGUAACAAAUUCAACAGAGUAGGACUAUUAUGUAAGCAUGUGUUAGCCGUGUUCAAGAACGAAGGCGUGGAAGAAAUACCAGGAUGCUAUAUUGUUCCCCGUUGGACUAAGAAUGCGUGUGCACAGCCAAUGUACAAUGUAGUGUGGAAAGCAUCCAGUACCACACAGGGUGGGAAUGAAUUACGAACAAUUGCCAACCAACUAUGGAAUGAAUUCUACAACUGCAUGGGAUUGGCUAAUGGAUGCCCAAACGAAAUGGAUAUAAUGUUAUCAACAAUGCAAGAACUUAAAGGGAGGCUACAAAGCGCCAGACAACAAACCAAAGCAAGCACCACCCCACAAUCAGUGAUUGAAUCAAUACUAAACACCACUGCACCGGCCGAGAUCCAAAUCAAACCCCCAAGCGUUGCAAAGAACAAAGGUAGUGGGAAAAGAUUAAAGAGCAACAAAGAGAAAGCAACCGAAAAACACAAGAAAAAGGUGAGGACAUGCGCUACUUGCGACCGGCCGGGCCACGACAGCAGGAAUUGCCCAGAAAGAAAACCCCUACCAGACGAGUAG